AUGGCAUUGGUGGAGUUCACGUAUAACAAUAGUCACCAAGCCACAAUAGGGAUGGCCCCAUAUGAAGCCUUGUAUGGUAGGAGGUGCAGAACUCCUUUGUGUUGGGAGGAAAUUGGGGAUCGGAAGUUAUAUGGCGCGGAGUUGGUCCAAGUCACCACGGAGAAAGUGAGAACUAUCAGGGAUCGCAUCAAAGCCGCACAGGAUAGACAGAAGAAGUAUGCUGAUGUGAGGAGAAGACCUCUUGAGUUUAGUACGGGGGACCAGGUGUUCCUGAAGGUAGCCCCAUGGAAGAACAUGUUACGGUUUGGAUUGAAAGGGAAGUUGGCUCCCCGCUUCAUCGGACCCUUCAAAAUCUUACAGCGAGUAGGACCAGUAGCCUACAAAGUGGACUUGCCCCCACAGUUAGCCAAGGUCCAUGAUGUGUUCCAUGUCUCCCUGUUAAGGAAAGCUGACGUGGAUCCCGCCCGAGUUAUACCCCAAGUCCCAGUAGAGGUCAAGGAAGACUUAACACUGGAAAUAAGGCCCAUAAGGAUACUAGAUCAGGAAGUGAAGGAGCUACGGAACAAAAAGAUCCCCAUCGUCAUAAUCUUAUGGCGAAAUGCUCAAAUAGAAGAGGAAACUUGGGAGAGGGAGGCUGAGAUGAGGAAAAAGUACCCCGAUUUAUUUGAACUACCAGGAUUAGGUGCAGAAAUGGAUGGUUUCAAUGUGUGUAUUCUGCUGGAACUUAGUGACAGUGUAUAUGCUAGGGUUGUUAAAGCAUGUGUGGGACGUCACACCCACAAGAUGUCUAGGGAACCCGAUACACGGGGACCUACUUUUGCAAUGGAUCAUGCUAAGGGGCUCUUGGAGACUAGUAAAGAAGAGCAGGCUUCGAAUUUUGUACCCCAGAGAGUUCAGGAACCAAAAUGUAGCAGUCCUGGUCAAAAGCCAAGGUUGCUAAACCAACAGAACAAUCAUGUUGGUGUUCCCACAGAUAAAAGUUCUGAUACUUUGAGGUCUUUUAUGAAUCCCCAAUUGUGA